AUGGCAUUUAGUUUUGGGUUCUCUGGCGACGAUAUCGAUAUUGAUGACUCUGAGGUUGAGCAGCCUGUCCAGGUGAAUUCGAUUUCUGCACCGGUUGAGAAUGACCUUCCCGAGCCGGUAGCGGCGAAGAGACACGAAAUGGGAGAAUGGGUGAGUUGGAUCCCGAAUCUUUAA